GAGUUUUGGUGUGAUAAUAAAAGUGUGUAUUGUUGCUACAGUUGAGUUUUGUGGGCCCUUGAAACAAAGUAAGAAAGUUUCAGAGUCGUGAUGCACUGAUAUCAAAAUCACUUUGGCUGUAAAUCCGUUUGUGCCAAAUCGGUUUAAUUUUAUUAUCAUGAAAACAGACAAAAUAAAAUGUGAAAUGGUCACCACACACUGACGGACUGAUGACGCUGCAUUCAACCGACCAAUCAGGUGAAGGUUAACGUUGUGCUUGUAGGUCGAAUCAAUAUCCAAAAUCAUUUACCUGCCGGUCAUUCUCGCGGCGUCUGUCACGUGAUGGUCCGGCUGUGAUCCGUGACAGAGUCCAAACCUGUCCACUCAAAAACUGCAGACACUCUCCCUCUACAAUGACAGGUGAGUUUUUCAUUUAAACCUUUUACAUUUUUAUUUUUGUAAAGGAUUUUAUCAGCAUUUGUCACCGGAAAUAAGAGCUUCAAUCUUUGGUCAAAUGUCGCCGUGUUUUUGUCACGUGAAGAUAAGGUUAAAGAGCUCGUAUCAAAGUGCCUGAAGGCCCGGGACAUGGCAUACUGUCCAUACAGCGGGUUCCCUGUUGGUGCCGCUAUACUGACAGCAGAGGGCGCCAUAAUCACAGGUAAUAUACCUACAGGUGACCUUUACUUCUCUGUAUGUGCUUUUACAAAAAACUGCCUGAAAAUGAAGCAAUUAAUAAACAAGAAGACAAAAGAGAACGGCUCAGAGUUGCCUUUAAUUAUUUCUUUUUUCAGGUUGUAAUGUGGAGAACGCCUCCUACGGUCUGACAGUGUGUGCUGAGCGCAACGCCAUCCAGAGGGCCGUGGCGGAAGGAUACAGACAGUUCACUGCCAUUGCUGUAACAUGGUGGGACUUUCAGUACUAUAUUACAGCAUUAAAAGUGUCAAUAAGCACAUAUUCUUUCAUGUUUAUCCAUCUUUUCUUAUUGUAGUGAUGUCAAGGACAGUUUCGUCGGGCCGUGUGGAGCGUGUCGACAGGUUCUUGUAGAGGUGAGACAUCUCUAUAGUAAUUGAGUUAGUUUGGUCUGUUUAUUACGGUGGCCGAGAACUGCCACUGCCGCAAAUAAAUCACAACGGAAGUUACUGAUGCAAAAGAAAAAGAAAAAACGAAGCCUGCUGCAAACAAAAAAAGAAACGGUGCAGAUUAAAAAAAGCCAAAACGGAAGUUAACAAUGCAAAAAAUAAAAUUUGCAACGGGCUUUGGUUUCUUUUUUUGCAUCAGUAACUUAUGUUGUGGCUUCUUUUUUAUUUGCAGCAGUGGCGGUUCUCGGCCACCGUAGUUUAUUUCUUAAAAAACUUAUAAAAUAAUCUUAAAGUACAGUAGUGAGUCUUUUUGUUUGUUUUUAGAAAGGUAAACUUUAUUUCAUGUGACUCAAGAGAAACACUGACUCUACCUUAUCAGACCUACUUUUUGUAUUGCAUUAGUCAGUGGGUGUGUGUAAAUGAGGACACACUGUAUCUUACAGCGAUGUUAAACAUUAAUACUAAUAACAAGGACUGUAAAAUUCCUGCAGCGCUCUCAUAAAGUAGAGCAGCAGUGGAUUAGAUAGUCAGUCUAAGAUUUGUUGCUAAAAAGCCAUCGUGACAUUUUCUGACAGUUUUUUUCAGACUAAAAUAAAGCUAAAGAAACAAAAUAAAAAAUACUCUUCGAUACAAUUUACAUUGGUGUAUCUCUCUUUCAACAUCAUACAGUUUUCUUCAUCUCUCUUCCCCUCAGUUUGGAGCAGACUGGAUUGUAUACUUAACCAAACCGGAUGGAUCUUACAAAGAAACCAGCCUCAAUGAACUGUUGCCUCAUGCUUUUACUCCAAAACACCUCGAGAAGAAGUGAUGAGCCAACACAGCAUCAUAACACAUCACCUUAUAAUUAUAUCGUUACUGUUGCAAAAAAAUAGGUAAAUAAUAAAACAAAUAUCCCCCCUGAA